GAAGGAAGACAGUCGUUCCUUCUCCAGUAUGUGUGUUAUGACUUCGAGCUGGUAGUGUCGAAUGGCAAGGUCUCAUGAAGCAAUUUCCGAUGUAAGUCUUACACAAUGCAGGCCGUCUGACAUGUUUCGGCUGUUCGGCAUGGUCGCACUGAGUUUGAUUUGUUUGACAUUUGCGAAGCGACACGGUAUCGACGGCGCCAACAAGAUUGGCAGACUACCAAUGUAGUACCAUUCCGACUGACUCAAGUUCCUGGCGCUGUAGGAUCUUGUGCGGUGUUAUACCGUAAUAUUUGCUUUGCUGGCAUCAAAAAGAUCAUCAACACAAAUUAAUGGUUGGCGUCACGAGUACUCUGUACUCAUCAUCUGACUUCGACCGAGCGGCAUCGGUGGACUGUCACUCAGAGCCCUCCUUAGUCUGUCAAGACUAUAAAAUCGGAACCGCCGACCGUCGCUGAAAUCAGGAAAGAAGACUUGGGAAGUACCUCAUCAUUGACAAUGACGAAAUCCGCAGUGGGUAUGAUUCUGGCUGUUGCCCUUGCUGCCGUGUCGUACACGAAAGCGUCCCCACCUGGAGCGGUGUACAUCGACCCUCUACAGUACAAUGUUGUGGAGGCCAACUACACAAAGUGGCGCAACUCGUCUGCUGUUGGCUUUAACCCCACCAACACUGCACCCCCGUUCAUUCAAGUCUUUGACUCUUCGUUCCUCGAGCUCACUGGACCAUCUGCCACCAUUCGCAAAAUUGCUUCGAAUCCUGGCUUUGCUUUUGCACACGAAGCACCCAUCUACGUUGCGGAUCUCAACUUGGUCUUUUUUGCAAGCAAUGGCGGUGGCUCACUUGGGUACAGCGGCUGGUAUAACAAUAGCGUUGUUAGCAUGAUCAAUAUGACAGAAGUCGACAUUGCGCUGGCUUCUACGACUGGAGAUGUCAAUAUCCAGGUUCACACACUCAACCUCUCUGAUAAUGUCCAAAUGGUCAACGGAGGAACAGGCCCAUACAAGGGUGACCUUCUGUUUGUCACCUCGGGUCGCGCUUUGCUUCCUCCUUCUAUCGUACGCGUCAAUCCCAAACCUCCAUACAACACCACCGUUAUUCUGGACAACUUCUUUGGGAGACAGUUCAACUCGCUCAAUGAUAUAAAAAUUCUUCCCGGCACGGACAUCAUGUUCUUUACUGAUCCUGCCUACGGAUGGCUUAACGGUUUCCGUCCUGAACCAAUGCUACCAUCACAAGUAUACCGCUUUGAUCCGUCCACUGGGGAGGUCAGGGUUGUCGCUGACCAGUUUGUGCACCCGAAUGGUAUUGCAUUCUCCCCAGAUGGCAAAAAGGCAUUCAUCACCGACACGGGUCUUUUCGGAGGCUUCCUCGGAAAUAAUCAGACCCUUCCGUCCACGAUCUAUGAAUUCGAUGUUGACCCAAAGACGCAGUCGUUCACGAACCGUAGAGUGUUCGCCUACAUCGACGCCGGUGGACCCGAUGGCAUUCAGCUUGAUACCAAGGGCAAUGUUUAUUCCGGAUGCGGCGACGGGAUUAAUGUCUGGAAUGACGAAGGCGCGCUCACUGGGAAAUUCUUCAUAAACAGCACCUCGGCCGAGCUGAUCUUCACGAAGUCUGGUCUCGUUAUCUUGGCGGAAACGGCGAUGUAUUUGACAAACAUCCAAGCUGAUGGAAUGUCGCUUGUAGGUGUUUGAAGUUUAUGUAUAACCGCCACGCCUGUUGUAAAUUCGAUGUAUAUUUCCUCGUACAAGCGAGGUGCAUGUGAUAUUUUCAAUUCACUCUUAUAACUUUCAA